GGGCUGCCCACCAAGUCAGCAGGAACAUGAUGACCACGGAAAUCACAGCACCGAAGAGGGCGCUCCAUUUGCUGAAGUAGCGGAAAAGUAAGGAAAAGGGCACAGGGCCUUUCGCAUCCUUUCCCGGCAGGUGUCUCCAGGCAGGGAGGAUGUGGUCAGGUGUGGGACCGGACUCUGCACCAGGGGAAGAGGAGGAGGAGGCCACGUCAGAGCCCCGCAGGGAACUGCUGAACAAGGACCAUGCCCGGCAGUUCUUCGAGGUGGCGCUAGAGCUCUGCGCGCAGAACCAGCUGGUGGAUGUGGACGUGAUCUCGGGCUCACGGACAUACCAUGCCCAUGCUGUGGUUCUGGCAGCUGUGAGCUCCUUCUUCCGAGAGCGGCUGGAGCAAGGGGCAGUGGGUGAGGUUGACAUGAACCAGCUGGCUACACCGCAUGGCUGGAAAGCCAUUCUGGAUUUUGCCUACUCAGGGGUUGUGGAGACCACAUCAGACACUGCUCAGGAGGUGGUGGCUGCAGCUCAGGUCCUGGGGGUGCCACGAGUGGUGGAGAUUUGCCAAAGAAGAUGGCUCAGUCCAGAAAAAGAGGAGGAGGAGGAGGAGGAGGAGGAGGGGAAGGGAAGGAGGACCCCAUCUGAUGAGCAGUGGGAGACCCUGCAUAGCAUUGAAGAGCUAUAUGGAGAUGAGAUUGGCUGUGACCUGGACCUGGAAGCUCAAGGAAAGACUUUCAAAGGUGAGUUGGGGAGGGGGGCGCUGCAGGUAGGGAAGGAGCCCAGAGCUGGGCUAGGAGGAUGGCUGUGGUGGGGUCGCCCAUCCCUAGCCCUCGUCUUCUCUCCUCCCCCAGUGCACCGUGUUGCCCUGUGCUGUGGCUGCGAGUUCUUCCGGGCCAUGUUCACCAGCGGGAUGCGGGAGUCAGUCCAGGCCACCCCACUCCACACCCUCUUCUCGGCGCCGGACCUCCACCUCCUCAUCUCCUUCGCCUACUCAGGAGCACUAGGAGGCACCUGGGAUGAGAUCCUGGAUGCAGCACAGACUGCCCUGCAGUACCAGGCAUCAGGCAUCUUCUCCCUCUGCCUGGACCUCUUCCAACACCAAAUGACCCCGGAGACCAGCCUAGACGUCCUGUCCUUUGCCCAGGCCUAUGACCUGCGCCAGCUGGUCCGGACAGCUGAGGACUUUGUGCUGAUGAACUUUCCCUGCGUCUCGUCCACCCCCAAGUUCCUGGACCUCUCUCUGGACCAGCUUCUGUGGUUCCUCCACUCGGACGCCCUCUACAUCCUCAACGAACUGGAGGCCUUUGAAGGUGCCCUGCGGUGGCUGAAUGCCGACCGGGCCCAACGCCUGGGGGAAGCUGAGAAAGUCCUCAGAUCCAUUCGGUUCCCCUUGAUGUCCGGGCGGGAGUUAAAGCGGGUGCGCGCUGUGGAUUUCAUGGCGAAACCAGGCCAGUUCUAUGACCUGCUGGUGGAGUCACUCUCCAGCAUCCCGCCCGGUAGGCCCACUAUGGAGCGGCUGCCGUGCCGCAUCCGCACCACAGAGAAGGUGCUGGUCAUCUGCGGCGGAGACAGCCUCACGUCAAACAUGGCCAUGCGCUGCCCCAGCCGGGAGCUGUGGUUCGCCCACCGCUUCAUCAGUGGCGUUGGGCUGGUGAAGCAGGUGGAGUGGCGGUACUUGGGGGAGUUCCCCGACGGGCCACGCUUCUGCCACGCCGUGGUCGUGAUGGGCAACAUGCUGUAUGUUGUUGGAGGCAAGCAGUACUAUGGGGUGAGGGACACACUGACCACGGCGUUCAGGUUUGACCCCAUGCAAGGCUCCUGGGAGCGCCUGGCAGACAUGUCUUGUGGACGCAGCUACUUUGCAGCCGUGUGUGCAGGUGGGCUGCUCUAUGCGAUGGGAGGCAGCUCUAACGACCGAUACUGCAUGGACUCGGUGGAGUGCUACGACCCAGCUGCCAACGCGUGGAGACCGUCCCACCCUCUCCCGGCUGCGCUCUGCGGCCAGGCUGCCUGUGUGCUGGAUGGCACCAUCUACGUUUCAGGCGGCUGCGACGGCUCCUGCCGCUGCCUGACCGCCCUGCUCCAGUACCACCCGAAGCACCCACCCACCCAGUGGGCACCUAUGCAGGAGGAGCGUGCUGGCCACGUCAUGGAGGCUUUGCGGGGACAGCUCUACGUGGCGGGGGGCUUGCGCUGGCGUGACGGCCAUGGGGGUUAUGCUGACCAGCUGACCUGUGAGGUCUACAGUCCUCGUCUGGACACCUGGACCCUGCUGAGCCCCCUGUCCCAUGCCCACGUGGUUGCUGCCUCAGUUGUACUGCAGGGAGAGCUGUAUGUCCUGGGGGGGUACAGUCAUAACACAUAUCGUGACACUCACCUAGUGCACAGCUACCAGCCACGCCAGGACCGCUGGAUAUGCCUGGGCACCCUGCCCCAGGCCUAUGCAGACCUGCGGGCCUGCGUCUUGUCUGUGCCACCUGCUUUGAGGGAGGACUCCCCCCCACAGCAAAGGAGGAUCUUGACACCACCCCAAGGGGAAUAGGAGCCUCCCCAGUUCUUCCCUGUAGGACGAGGGGCCCUGAUGCCCCUCAGAUGCUCUCGUCCAGUCUACCCACAUUAUGGGUGUUUUCACUGAUCCGCUGCAAGUUGGUCAAAACUGUUCAUGUUGCACCUUACUGACCACUUUACAAUGACCUGUUUAAUCCACCCAAGGCCUGCCUCCCUUCGCAAUGGAGCAACCUCCUUAUGGAGCAACCUCCCUGACCAGGAUUUGUCUGCAGAUACUCUCUGGAUUAAGGAACGGGAUUCACGGAAAGUCACAAACAAGUGUCUUGUGACAAACCUCACUCGUCAACCUGCUGGCUUUGAACUACCACGGCAAAAGCGGUCCCUGCUAAACAGGCUCCGGACAGGCCAAGACCCCCUGUGCAGCCAACCUUCACCGCUGGGGCCUCAGUGCUAACCCAUCGUGCACUUGUGGAGAGAUACAAGCAAUGCUGCGCAUCAGCGAGGACUGUCCCCUCUACAAACUUAAGAGGUGGAUUAAUAACUUUGAACUCAGCUAACGAGGAGGCUAUUGCUUGGCUUCGGGGAUUUGCACUUGCUAAAUGAAUAAAUAAUGGGGACUCUGUCAUAUGAGCUGAGAGGCCUCUUGGAUCCCCCAAACAGGAUGGGGCCAUCUCCGACAUGACAGGGAGAUCCCCUACACUCUCCCCCAAAAAUGGAUACUCUUCCUCACAUGUGGGACAUCAGCCUGGCAGCACCCCACAGGACUGGGGUAUCUCUGAUGGAAAAGGAGAAGAGAUGGAGAUCAGCAGGGGAGAAGCCUGCUGUUUCCUGCUCAGCCGUGGUGUGGGUUGACUGAGGUUGCUGUGUCCAGGGACAAGGUCUGUCCACCCCAUCACUGUGGGGCCAGUACCAAAGUCAGUCAGUAAAGAGGGUAUGCGAU